CUUAGCAACCGGCCCGCCGAGGUGGGGAAAAUGGCGGCCGAGGCCUCGAUGGGGAGUGGAGAAGCCGCGGCGCUCGAGUCUGGGCCUUCCUUGCAGGGCUACCUGGCCCGGCUCGGCGCUCUUCGGCUCGGGCCCGACGCCAGCCAGGUCCCGGGGGGCGAGAGCGGGCGCCGCACCGAGCUCCACCUGCUCUUCGACCAGCUCAUGUCCGAGACCUGCGGCCCGGGGGGAGCCGUGGCGGCGCCAAGGCCUGAGGAUGUUUGUGAACUACUUGUCCAAGCUUGUAAACUAGUUCAACUUAACCAAGAGCAUCUUGUCAACAAAUUUUGCCAGCUGAUUCAUCAACUGCUUAACAGAUUCCAGAUUAUAGUGGAUGAAGAGAGUCUGAAGCAUCUUGUGCCCUAUUUUAUCUCCGCACUGAAGCAAUGCAGCGCUUGGACGCACGUUGAAAUUCUGCAGGCUUUGGCGGCUUCUGUCUACAACAAUGGGCCCAAGUGCCAAAAGUAUCUUCCAGAUUUACUGGGGGGAAAUGGACUUCUAGUACAGCUCAGCAGCUCAACUCAAACGGACAUUGAGCUCAAGAGGGCGGCUGUGCACAGCAUGGCGAACCUCUGCCUCAGCAUACCUGGACAACCAUACCUGGAGGAAGCUUACAGAGAGCUGUGCUUUCAGGUGUUCCUCAGCGUGCUACAAUCUUCGAAAGGAUCUAGGGUGGAUGACAUCACCUUUUGCAUGUUGUUGCAGAACGCCUUGAAAGGAAUCCAGUCGCUCUUAAACGGAGGAAAGAUGAAGCUGACGCAGACCGAUCAGCUUGGUUCCCUCCUUGCUGUGUUAAAGAAAUGCAUGUUUCAUGGUCUUCCUGGACUGAACAUAGAAAUGCCAGCCGUCUUAUACCCAGCAGUGCUUCCUCAGUAUGACAGCAGGUCGCCAGUUAAACAAGAGAAGAUGGAACCAAGUGGCAUUAAAACGGCUGGGAACAGGAGGAAAAAGCCCAAGGCAAAGCAGAAGAAGGGCAAGUUGGAGGAAGGGCUAAAAGAAGAGCCUGAAGGAGCUGUCGAAGAAGGUGGAAUUGAGGAUCCAAAAUUACAGCGGGAUCCUGAUCCAGAUGCCUCGCAUCGGGCUUUGGGCGACACGUGCGCAUCGUCGGUGAAGGACCGUUUGCCUUUGCACGCCUUGGGCUGGAAAAGAAUCAGCAGCAGUGACUCGGAGUAUUCCGAUACCGAGGGUGGGAUGCAGAACAAAACGAGGUCUUUCCAAGCCAAAGUUCGCCAAGGGGCUUUAACCUGCUUCCUUUCCACGGUGAAGUCAAUAGAGAAGAGAGUCCUCUACGGCUACUGGUCAGCGUUUGUUCCCGACGCUCCUGGGAUCGGAUGCCCCCAGUCUGUGUCUUUGAUGACGAUUGCUUUAAAAGACCCUUCGCCAAAGAUGCGGGCUUGCGCCCUGCAGGUCCUCUCAGCCAUCUUGGAAGGCUCCAAGCAGUUCCUGUCCAUCGCUGAAGAUGCCAGCGACCACAAGAGAGCGUUCACGCCCUUCUCGGUGACGGUUGCGGCCAGCAUCCGAGAGCUUCAUCGUUGUCUCCUGUUGGCCCUGGUGGCUGAAUCCUCUUCCCAAACCCUCACCCAGAUUAUCAAGUGCCUUGCCAACCUGGUUGCGAAUGCACCCUACAGCCGUUUAAAGCCUGGGCUGCUGACCCGAGUGUGGAACCAGAUAAAGCCAUACAUUCGACACAAAGAUGUGAAUGUUCGAGUGUCCAGCCUCACGCUGCUGGGAGCCGUAGUAUCAUCCCAGGCCCCUUUGCCAGAGGUGCACCUCCUUUUGCAACAGCCCAGCUUUUCAGGGCUCAGUGACAGUGGAUCCACCACACCGCACUGUUCCAGUGUGCCUGAAUGGCGCAGAGAAGCCCCCCUGGGCCCAGGGGAGCCGCCCCUCACCAUGGAGAAGGCACCCGCAGACCCCUGCUGGCUCCUCCGUCUCUGCAUCUCCCUGGCUGUGCUGCCCAGGGAAGACGGUUACUCGGAUAGCGACGCCAGCUGCCUGUCACCCGCUAGCAUCUAUGAACCGUCUCCAGUUCGGCUGGAGUCGUUGCAGGUUUUAGCGCUACUUGUUAAGGGCUAUUUCUCAGUCUCUCAAAGCUCCUUGAUGGAGCUUGGCGAAGUGGCUUGCAAAUGCAUGGAGGAAACGGAUCCUUCUAUCCAGCUUCACGGGGCAAAGCUUCUAGAUGAGCUUGGUAUCGGUAUAAUACAGCAGCACAAGCCAGAUCUGGCUGCCUCUCUGGACCAGCGGUUACCAGUCAACCUGGUUGUAACAUUCUGGACCAGGAUGCUGAAUGGACCCUUGCCAGGCGCGCUCCAAAACUCCCAACAUCCCACCCUUCAGACCAGCACUUGCAAUGCCCUCUCCUCUAUCUUACCAGAAGCUUUCAGCGGUCUCCCGGACGACAAGCAAAUCCUCUGCAUCACUAUUCUUCUUGGACUCAACCACAGCGAGAACCCACUGGUGAAAGCUGCCGCCGUCCGCGCACUCGGGGUCUAUGUUGUCUUCCCGUGUCUUCGGCAGGAUGUGAUGUUCGUCGCUGACACAGCCAAUGCGAUCCUGAGUUCGCUCUGCGACAGCUCUCCCAACGUCCGUGCCAAAGCAGCGUGGUCUUUGGGGAACCUGACGGACACUCUCAUUAUCAACAUGGAGCUAAUGGGAGAAAACUUCCAGGAUGAAUUCUCAGAUCUGUUGCUGCUGAAAAUGUUACGGGCGGCAACGGAUGCAUCGAAGGACAAAGACAAGGUGAAAAGCAAUGCCGUCCGUGCCCUUGGAAACCUUCUCCACUUCCUCCAGCCAACCCACAUCACCAACCCCAGGUUCAGCCGACCCAUUGAAGAGUCCGUCCAGGCCCUGAUCUCUACCGUGCAGAGCGAAGCCAUGAUGAAAGUGCGCUGGAACGCAUGCUAUGCACUUGGAAAUGUCUUCAAAAACCCCGCCUUGCCAUUGGGGGAAGCCCCCUGGACCGCCCAAGCCUAUCAAGCCCUGAUCACGGUGGUCAAGUCCUGCAAGAAUUUCAAAGUCCGCAUCAAAUCGGCCGCAGCCCUCUCGGUGCCGGCCGACAGGAAGCGUUACGGGACGCCCGAGCAAUUCUCCCAGAUCUGUAGCGCCCUGGUGGUAGCCUUGCAGAGGAGCGAGAACGCCGAGGACUUCCUGGAGUUCAAAUACAGCGCUAGCCUCCAGACGCAGCUCUGCCACGCCCUGCUCCAUCUGCUGAGCCUGGCGGACGAGACGGACCUGCCGGCCGUCAGGAGGACGGUCGCUGAACACGGGGAAGUCGUGGGCUCCUACAUAUUGCAGUUCAUGAAAUCGGGAGUCGACGAGGAGGACGUGGGGACAGGCGAGACCUUUCCCAACAGAGGCAAAGUCCUGGAAAGGGCUCUGGAGCACAUGCGAGAGAUUGAGGAAGCGUCAAAAGGAUGCCCGGGGAAAAAGGGGACAGUGGCUUAUCUAGAAGACAUCUUGAAAACCCACAAUAGUUCCACAGGGCUUACUGAAGCUUAAGGAGGCGGCAUAAAUAGAGAUGUCAGACGUCUGUUCUAUACUAGACAUCCAAAAAGAGGCCCAUUUGGGGCAAUAUUAAAUUCUCUUGAGCCGCGUUCCCCAACCUGGUGUGUUGGAUUGCAACUCCCAUCAUUCCCAGUGAUUUGCCAAAUUGGGGAAGGCUGGUCUUGAGCCUUACAACGUAGCUCUCUCUUGGCAGAAGAAAGACAAAACAAAUAAGUCCCUUUCUGGAGGACGGACUAGUGUUUUUUAAACGCCUGGUCUGUUUACUGUUGCCAGGUUACAAAGAGCCGUUCCCUGGAUUUAGGUAUUUCUCCUUUUUGUACUAUUAUUGAUAAACAUCAAUUGCAUAAUAUGCUCUGGACCCACUUUCGGUGAAGGUCGGUGUAGAAAUACUUGAAAUAAAUAACUUCUGUACUGACCUUUACCAAAAUUGAUUCCAGGGCGUUUUGCAUAUAUUAAUAUUCAUAAUAUUAUAUUCAUAAGAAUAUAUAUAUAUAUAUAUGUAAUAUCUAAAUCUCGGGAGUCAAGUACAAAUUUAGAUCUACAAGAGAGAAAAGUCACAACUUUGUAGAUUAAAAACAAGCAAAAGUCAUUAUCCAGUAAUGCCGGUGCGAAGAGCUGAACACACAAUCAAAUCAUAGAAAGUGUCGUUCUCUAAACGUCAGCAUCUAAAGGCGCCGUCCUUCUCAAAUAAAGAAAAAGAGUUCCAUUCUAAAUUACAAUAAAGACAGACAAAUCAGUAA